AUGACGGAUGUCGAAGAGUACAAUCAGCAAAAACCCGCCAAGACGGGUAAACAGCACAAUGUAUUACCGAUAUGGGGUAAUGAACAAACUAUGAACCUGAAUCCGCUAAUAUUAGCAAAUAUACAGGGCUCUAGCUACUUCAAAGUGCAUCUAUUCAAGUUGAAGACAUACCAUGAGGUCGUGGAUGAGAUCUACUAUCAGGUCAAGCACUUGGAGCCGUGGGAGCGCGGUAGCCGCAAGACUGCUGGCCAAACUGGCAUGUGUGGCGGCGUACGAGGUGUAGGUGCCGGUGGAAUUGUGUCCACAGCAUUCUGUCUUCUGUACAAACUGUACACAUUACGGCUGACUCGUAAACAGGUCAAUGGAUUAUUGCAACACACUGACUCACCCUAUAUCAGAGCACUUGGAUUCAUGUACAUCCGCUAUACACAGCCACCACAGGAUCUGUUCGACUGGUAUGCAGACUAUUUAGACGACGAAGAAGAAGUUGAUCCUCGCGCCGGUGGCGGGGGUUCAACCACCAUCGGAGCACUCGUGCGGCAGAUGCUCAUCAAGCUUGACUGGUUCAGUACACUUUUCCCGAGAAUUCCAGUCCCAAUACAGAAACAGAUUGAGCAGAAGUUAGGAGAGCACAACAGGCAAUCUGCAGCAUCAAAACCUGUAGCGAAUUUAAGCAACCGUGGAGCUGGCAAUGCUGGUGCUUAUAAUCCUGGCAGAAUGGACUCUGACAGAAGAGAACACGACGAUAGGGACAGACGAGAUUAUGCUGAUGGCGACAGGUACACUAAAGACAGAACACGUUACGAUGACCGGAACAGAGAACGUGAGCGGGACAGAGAUCGCGGGGAGCGGUCGGACCGCACAGAUCGCGACAGGGAACGACGGGACCGUGAUCGUCGAGAACGAUACCGUGGCGACCGCUCGCGAUCGCGGGAGCGCCAGCGCCAUCGGUCGCGCUCUAAAGACCGCCGCUAUAGAUAA